UCAAACGCAUGCGCAAUAUAUUUGUAUUUUGAGAAAGCACGUGGUGAUCAGCAAUCCUCCGUGAAGCGAAUAUCGCAGAGAGGAGUUGAUUUUUGUUUUAUUUGAUUGAAACGUUAAUCGUCUGUGUUUAAAAUGUUUCAGGCAGAGGAAGUUAACCCCAAGGCUUACCCCCUGGCUGAUGCCAAGCUGACCCAGGAUAUCCUGGACCUGGUCCAACAGGCAGCUAACUACAAGCAGCUGAAGAAGGGGGCCAAUGAAGCUACUAAGACAUUGAAUCGUGGUAUAUCCGAGUUCAUUGUGAUGGCUGCUGAUGCUGAGCCUCUGGAGAUUCUUCUCCAUUUGCCUCUGCUGUGUGAAGACAAGAAUGUGCCAUACGUGUUCUGCCGAUCUAAGCAGGCCUUGGGUCGUGCGUGUGGUGUUUCUCGCCCAGUCAUUGCGUGCUCAGUGGUGGCGAAGGAGAGCUCAUUGAUCAGCACCCAGAUUGAUCAGGCCAAGCUCAACAUUGAGAAGCUUCUCAUCUGAGCCAAAAAUUGACUUCCCUUGGCUCAGGUUUUAUUUAUACCAGUAUCGGUAUAUGGUCUCUGCAGUAUGGUAUACUGAACUGAUAAAGAAGCCUUUAUUUGGGUGUUUUAUACAAGCAAUGUAUAUUGAUACCAGUUUGAUUUUAUCAUUUUCUUGUAGAUAAUGUCAUCAUCAUAAUAAAAAGUGAAACAGUC